GUAGAAGGCAUCACGGUGCUCCACUCAGCAGUGAAACACAAGAGGAUCGAUAUGGUUUCCCUCCUGCUCGAAGCUGGUGCCAACGUGGACGGGAAGGAUUGGGAGUCCAAAACAGCACUGCACUACUCCUUGCAGCCUCCUUGCCAGGACAUCCGAGUGGCUUGCGAGCUGCUCAGAUGCGGGGCUAGCAUCGAGGUGCGGGACAAGAACGGGAUGACGCCGUUGGAUUUG